AUGUUCCUGGCGUUGCUGUCCUACAUCGGCAUCCUGGUGGGCUUCGUCUUCCUCACCCUUGCAAUCGCCGCGGGUCUCUACUACCUCUCAGAACUGGUCGAGGAGCACUCGCGAUUCACAAAGCGGCUGCUGGAAAAGCUGAUAUUUGGAAUCAUCGGCAUACACGUCCUGCUCCUGCUCUUUGAUCAUUUCCCGUUCUGGCUCACGAUCUUUUCGAUCGCCACCCAGCUCGUUUACUUUCAGAACCUCAAACAGUUUCCGUUCAUUCAGCUCUCGAGUAGUACUUUUAUUGCCAGCUGUGUCCUCGUCCUCCUCAACCACUACUUUUGGUUCCAACACUUCUCCCGCCCCUCAAUCCCCCCACCAACCCUCCGCUCCUCGCCCCUCUACGAACCCCCCGCCUCCUUCCCCUCCUUCUCCGAAGUCUCCUCCUUCUUCGGCAUCUGCGUCUGGUUCGUCCCUUUCUCGCUCUUCGUCUCCCUCUCCGCAGGCGACAACGUCCUCCCCUCGACCAUGGACGCCGGUUCUGGGUCUUCAAGCGGCAGCGGCGCCGGCGGGGGCCCGCUCGGCGGCGGCAGCGCGGCAGGCGGCUCGGGAUUCGGCGUCGGAGCGGGCGAUCGGGCGCGCGCGUAUGCAAAGGGCCAGGGCAUGGCGAAGGUAGUGAUUGGAAAGAUCCGCGAGGGCAUCGCCGAGGUCGCGCGGGUGAUUGGCUGGGGGACGAGAAUUCGCGGGGAGGCAACGCGCGGAUCGUAUGAGUUGAUUUGAUAUGAUCUCGUCUUUGUUUGUCCUUUCUUGAGUUUGAUUUAAGUUGUGCGGAUGCAGACACAGGGAUCUGAUAGGUUCGUGUGGGUGAUCGAGUGCGAUGGCGAACGAGAGGUAGAGCAUGGGUGUACGUACGUUGUAUGGUUUGUUUGUAUGUAUCUACAUGUUGGUCGAUUUGUCCUCUACGGAUGCAAAGUCCUAUAUGGAUUGCAAGGGCGUAAUACAGCUACAUGGUCCUCAUGUCUUUGUAGGAAAGGUGUAUGUACUUUUGAACAACUCGAGUAUUGUAGCAGGAUCGCAGGCUCAAGUUUAGGAAGAUAGAGUAGACAAGGAAGUAUAGGUUAUUUUGAAUUGCACAAGCACACAAAUACAAUCAAAAACAAUCAGCUACCUUCAAUCCUGCUAUAUUGCUGCUUAUUUGUAAAUAGUUGUAAGAAAUCGUGUCCUAUUAAAGGUAGUCAACAGCGUUGGGAGUUUGAGUC